ACUCCGAGCCGAGCGGUGGCGGAGCGCGGGCGGCUGCGGUGGGCAGGUGGGGCCGGGAUGGCGCGAGGUGGGGUGGGAUGGGAUGGGAUGGGAUGGGAUUGGAUUGGAUUGGAUUGGAUUGGGGGUGGGUGUUGGGACGAGCAUCACGCGUGGGCUCGAGUGGUCCCCGACUCGUGCUGGCUGCGGAGUGCCCCAAGGAGGAGAGGGUGGAACCGAGCGUCACGCCCACGGAGGCGGAGGGGACACGGAGGGGGCGAGGGAGGGCCGCUGGGGGGGCACACAUCCGUAGCGCUGUGCCUUGAGUUCGCUCUGCUCGUGGAAUUGUGCUCGUUCCCACGGAGCAGUGCAGUGCAUCCCUCACGGCAGAACCAGAGUCGAGACUAGGAUUGGGGUUGAGAUUAGGACUGAGAUUAGGAUCGGCAUUGGGAUUGGGCUCGGGACUGGGACCGGGAUUAGGAUUGGAAUUGGGACUGGGAUUAGGAUUGGGAUUAGGAUCAGUAUUAGGAUUGGGAUUGGGACCAGGAUUACAAUUGGGAUGGGGACCAGGGCCCAUGAGUACUGCAGUGUCUGAAGAGGGGAUUUAUGUCAGAAAAUGAGGCUGCUGUGCUCAGAUAUAAUGAGUUUCCUAAUGGCAUUGACCAAAAAUACCCCUGAGUGCAGGCAGCAAUGUGCGGUUUCGUUCAGGGUGGGUGCAGCAGCAUGACCAAAGUAAAUGGAGCAUCUUGUUCAGAUCCCACUGUUUCCUCUGUCUGUAGCAAUGUGGGUCUCCCAAAUCAUCUGGAUUUUGUGAGUGUUGGUUUUUUUUUGCACCCAACCCACAGCUGGCAGGAUGUGCUUCUGUCACACCAGGUGUCCCCUGGCUGUCCUGAAUUGUGGAAGUUACAGCCUGUAAGGGGUAACCCAGAGUUGAACCAAGUCAGUGUCCCCAUGGUGCUGUGGCAGGGGAUGCCCCGUGAGUCCUGAACCCCAUCGUGUGACAUUACACUGCCUUGGUGAGCCAGGAUGGGGGAGAAGCAGGGAGAAAAUAUAGGGUGGGAGGAGGAAAUUUGGGGCGGGAGGAGGAAUAUGGAUUUCUGCGGAGGUGCUGGAGAAGUGAUCGCUGGUGGAACCCUGGGAGGGAAAAGUGCACAUGGUGGUGAGACAGUAGGGAGUGGCCCUGGAUGUGGCCAUGGUGUGACCCUGGAGGUGGUGCUGGAAGAGGCCUCAGUGAUGGCUGUGGUUUGGCUCCAGAGGUGGCCGUGGUGUGGCCAUAAUAUGGCCCUCGAGUGUGGCCCUGGCGUGACUCUGGAGGUGGCCACACGUGGGACCCGGUGCCAGGGAACCCGCAGGACAUGGAAUGCAUGUUUCCUUGAGGUCCCCUCCCCUUGGGAUGAGGAGGGACCUGGGACAGUUCCCUCUGAGCAGGAGGAGAGCAGCGCCGGAGAUUUCUAGAAAGCAGACCCCAAACCCCCCCCUGUUCAGAACAUCCCUGUGCUGCUAUGCAAUUAGGUGGGUUUUAAUUGCAGCCAUGCACAAGGAGAAAGCUCACCAGGAAGCUUUGAGUUGUUCCACCUGGAUACCUGGUCCUGCCCAUGUUUGUUAGUGCCUGGAGGGUAAUUAGCUGUUGGAUGAGCCCAGGGAGAAGCGGGCUCAAGUUUGGCCAAUGCUUCCACCCCAUUGUUCAGUGCUGAUGAAGGCUUUGCUGAGCUCUGAGCUGUGCCACUGUUUUCCAGCUCAUUUCCUUCUAUGCUAAUUUCCGCAGGGGUCUAUACGCUGCAAGGAGGUGGGGAGAUGCAUUCCAAAAGCAUCCCUGGGCACUUGCACAGCACCUCAUGUCAAUCUUUAGCCCCCGGCACAGGGAAAACACUGAGAAACACUGCCCAGAUAGGAGCAGACCUGCUUAGGAGCUGCAGAAAUUGGGCUGUGCUGCUCCUGCCCAGGCACGAUGACGACUGAUGAGGCCACCAAGCCUGAGGGUGAGGUGCAGGCGGCUGCGCUGGCGGAGCGCGGGGAGGACAUCACACCUACCCGUGACCGCGGCGUGCUGAAGAUCAUCAAGAGACCCGGGAACGAGGAUGAGUCCCCUAUGAUUGGCGACAAGGUGUAUGUGCACUACAAGGGCAAGCUGGCCAAUGGCAAGAAGUUUGACUCCAGCCGUGACCGCAAUGAGCCCUUCAUCUUCAGCCUGGGCAAGGGCCAGGUGAUCAAGGCAUGGGACAUCGGGGUUGCUACCAUGAAGAAGGGUGAGGUCUGCUACUUGCUGUGCAAACCGGAGUACGCCUACGGGGCUGCUGGCAGUGCCCCUAAAAUCCCCUCCAAUGCCACCCUCUUUUUCGAGAUCGAGCUGCUUGAUUUCAAAGGCGAGGACCUGUUUGAGGAUGGAGGGAUCAUCCGGAGGAUCAAGAGGAAAGGAGAAGGCUAUUCCAACCCCAACGAAGGUGCUACAGUGGAAAUUCACCUGGAGGGGUUCUGUGGUGGAACUCGCUUUGACUGCAAGGAUGUGAAGUUUGUGGUGGGCGAAGGGGAGGACCAUGACAUCCCUAUUGGCAUCGACAAAGCACUGGAGAAGAUGCAGAGGGGAGAGCACUGCAUCCUCUACCUGGGGCCACGAUACGGCUUCGGCGAGGCAGGGAAACCCAAGUAUGGCAUUCAGGCGAACGCUGAGCUGGUGUACGAGGUCACACUGAAAAGCUUUGAGAAGGCCAAAGAGUCAUGGGAGAUGGACACCAAAGAGAAGCUGGAGCAGGCUGCCAUCGUUAAGGAGAAGGGGACAAUGUACUUCAAGGAAGGCAAAUACCUGCAGGCAGUGAUUCAGUAUGGGAAGAUUGUGUCCUGGCUGGAGAUGGAGUAUGGCUUGUCGGAGAAGGAGUCAAAAGCCUCUGAUUCUUUCCUGCUGGCUGCCUUCCUCAACCUGGCCAUGUGCUACCUGAAGCUGCGCGAGUACACCAAAGCUGUUGAGUGCUGUGAUAAGGCGCUGGGGCUGGACCAGGACAACGAGAAGGGCUUGUACCGGCGGGGCGAGGCCCGGCUGCUGAUGAAUGAGUUCGAGCUGGCAAAAUGUGACUUUCAGAAAGUGCUGGAGGUGAACCCACAGAACAAAGCAGCCAGGUCGCAGAUCUCCAUCUGCCAGAAGAAGACAAAGGAGCACAACGAGCGGGACAGGAGGAUCUACGCCAACAUGUUUGCCAAGUUUGCUGAGAGGGAUGCGAAGGAAGCAGCCAGCAAGACCAGGGUAGAAAAAGAGUCAGCAACAGCAGCAUGUGAUGAAGGCAAAGAGACAGAGGGGCACGUAUGAUGGAGGGAGUGGCAGAAGGACAAGCCUCCUGCCCUCAGCCUGUACCAAGAACUUUGCCAGGGCUCAGGACCUGCUGGUGUUUCCUUGUAAAGUUUGUUCCGGUUUGUGUGAUUGUGGAAGCAAAAGUGCCUCGCAGAGAUCAGACCAGCCCAGUGCUGCUGCCGGCUGCGAGCAGUUGGAUGGUGUGGGACCACCGCCAGUGGAACAACCACCUUCAUAGGCGUGGGGGACAAAGAAAUCAAAGCUGGAACUCCCAGCUUCAGGAGGCUCACCUUGCUCUAUGUUCUCCGGGAGGAGCUCGGAUGUGGGAGCACUGCAGCAGGAUGCCAGCAAGCCUUCCUCCUGCACUGCCUUCUUCUUCCUUUUCCUCCUUGCUGUGAGGCUGGGGGGCUGCAGCAGGGUGUCAGACCCCGCUGUGCUCACUGGUUGUGUUCCCUAUUCCCUUUGGCCACAGCAGAGCUGUGGGCUUGAAUUUUUUGACAGAAGUUUUGUGGCAUGGUGAAGGCCCAUAGGAACAAAAAUAAAUUAAUGUAAAAAAGGAAAAAAAAAAAAGAGAGAAGCAGAGGUCAGGGAGCAAAGGGGAGGUUCUGAUGGAGCCAGUGCUGCACAAUGCCAUCCUCUGGCCCUGUGGGAGGGAUGUGGGCUCUGCCUGCAGAGAACAGCUUUCAGUUUUUUAUUUUUACUGUCUGGUCUUUGUAAUACCCCUUUGGAAGCUGGAAAAUAAAGAACUGAAAAAAAAAAAGUUAAAACAAUAAAAACGUGCUUCUCUGCUCCA